AUGCUUAUCAAGAAAAAUAAGAAAACUUCGUAGAAUUGUAAAAUGGUACUCUAAUAUCAUCCUCAAUCUGCUAUCAUGAAAAGAGUAGUAGAAAAAGGCAGUCUAAAUGAACUUGUAAAAUUAUUAUAAUUCAAGUAAUCAUCAUAAGUUUAGUAUUUUAAUCCAAGUUUUUUUCUUUUCAACGGGCACUUGCAAACAAUUUUCAAUCCAUUUGCAGCCCUCUAUAUGAAAAAGCAUAAUCCAAUCAAGUUUGAUAGAGAAAUAUUUGAGUUCAGUGAUCAUGGCACAAUUGCUUUGGAUUGGGUUGAUUUAAACCCAAACAAAGAUGUUUAUAAUAAUAAACCAAUCUUGGCAAUAAUGCCAGGCCUUACCUCUGAUAAUGAUGAGAUCUAUGUUUUAAAUAUGCUGAUUGAGGCAAAGUUAAGAGGUUAUUAAGGAGUUGUGAUAAAUCAUAGAGGGUCAUCAGGACUAGAUUUAACAAGCCCAAGAAUAUACUGUGCAUCUAGCUAAGAUGACCUUAGAGAGGCAGUGAACUUUAUCGUAAAUAAUUAUUGCUCAAGUCUAUCAAGAAAUAGAUAGCGAGAUAUUUUCUUAGUUGGGAACUCUCUAGGUGCAAAUCUACUUGCCAAUUACCUUGGUGAGGAAGGCUAAUAAUGCCCUGUUAAGGCUGCAUGUUGUGUCUAACCACCAAUGAAAAUCUGGGUAUUUUCUUAAACUAUAAGAAAUACUUUAUACGGAUUUUAUGAUAAAGUAGUAGCUGCUAAUUUAAAGAAAAAGUUCAAGCACUUUGCUCCUGGGUUAAGAGAUAGAUAUAAAAAUGAAUUAGGGAUAGAUAUUGAUUAGGCUAUAAAAGAUGUGAAAUCCUCACUAGAUCUUGAUUUCACCACUGCAAAGGCAUUUGGUUAUGAAUCUCCUGAGGACUAUUAACAUAAAGCCUCAUGUAUUGAAAAAAUACCAGCAAUUAAAACUCCAACUUUCAUAAUAAUGUCAAAGGAUGAUCCUUUAGUAGGAGGGGAGGAUUGUAUUGAUUAUGAAGUGUGCAAAAAGAAUCCUUAUGUGCUCUUAGGAGUAACACAUGAUGGUGGUCAUCUUGGUUUCUUUUCUUCUAUUCUUAGCACUAAAUAGUGGCAUGUCAAGCCUGCUUUCGACUUUCUUGAUACUUUUAAGUGA